CAAAGCAGGUAGCAAUGAGCUACGCACUGUAGCCCAGAGUAUCUGUUGCUAGACUGCAGCGGUGUAUUGGUGACAAAGCUGUCUAUUUUAUGAAUGAUUGUGUUGUGAUACUUCUGUGGCGACGAGAGUUGACUGUGAUAAAAAAAAAAAACACACCGAGGAGUUUGUCAGGCCAAAGCCUGGUGUUUGACUGGGUUUGAAUAUGGCUCUGUCAUUCCUGUUGGUCCUGGCUGCAACCGUGAUCCUCAUCAGACCUGAGACACCUGUGACUAAGGCCUUACAUCAGAACUCACUCGAGUGCUGCGGCGAGAAACAGAAAGGGAACAACUCAUGUUCAAAUGACACUCACUGUGAACCAGGAUGCUUCUUGCGAGUCCUUGAGAACAGCAACACUGUUUGCAUAUUCUGUGACUCUGCAGCUGUAGAUUUGGAAAACAUCACAGUCUGCAACUACAACUACACACUGGAGAGGAAGAACCACACAACUGUAACCACUGUCAUUCCUAAAAUCGGAGGGCCGGGUGUGGCAGCCUCUCUUCUUCUGGGAACACUGUUGAUCAGCCUGUUCCUGAUCCUCUCUGUUGCCUCCUUCUUCUACCUCAAACGCUCCAACCGACUCCCAAGCAUCUUUUACCGCCGCAACAAAGCCUUCAUAUUUCAACCAAGUGAAACAGCUGUCAUGAUCCCAUCCUCCUCAGUGAGGAAGCCAAGAUAUGUGAGGAGGGAGCGGCCCUCUGCAACAUCCACGCUGAGCAGUGGCACUGCACCCACCACAUCUGCCACCCAAGUUUAUAAUGUGUAGGAGGAGGGCUGGGAGCUGCUGGUGCAGGUAGGAGAGAACGCUCAGGAAUAAUGCUGAGAAUUUCUGAUCAUAUGAAGGACCCACAGAGAGACCAGCUGAUUCGUGCACAAGCGGCCAAAUUUAACCUUAGCUGCUUUAUAUUACUACAGCUGCUACUUUUUCUGUAUUUAAAAAAUGUCACCAGAUACUAAACUGUCAGUACUUUUAGACUCAGUUCUCAUGUUAGGUUUUUUUUACACAAAAGAAACAGUUACAUUUUUUUUCUGUAAAUUUGAAACAUCUCAUAUUGAUUUUUCCACUCAUGCUGCUCGUCUUUUCUGAGUCUCAACACUGUUAUUGAAUAGUUUUUAUCUGAUGUUUGGUGGUUUGUGUUUAAAAGUUGAUGGGUUAUAUUCAUGAUUAUACUGACAUGUCUUUUAAAGGUAUAGUCCGACACUUGGGAAAAUAUACACUUGCUCCCUCCUAUUAAUAAAAAGUAUAUGAGCUAGCAUAGCUAGCAAAACACUAGCAAAACACUGGGAAAAUGUACGACUCCUCUAACCUGACAUGUCAGAUCAGCUGUUUCGAAUAUCCAUUUCAUUGGUUAUCACAGUCAUCUGGGAUAGCUCCCAUAGAAAGUGCUUGGGAAUGGCAGGACUUUACAAAAAAUUCUCAGAAGGUGAUUGGUGGAAUGUCACAUUCAUGAUGGGCCAAUCAGAGCAGCAAGGCAAAAUGUGGUUAUGUGGAGGUUCUUCUCCUGGGCUGACAGAUUACCUCUGCUGUUGCUUCUCUGCCAAUAAAAUUUAUGCCAAGGCCUGUUUGGAGACGUGCAAAAACAACAUCUGUGAAAACAAGCUUUGGUGUGGCUCUAUGCUCUUGUUUUAAAAAAGAAAUGUGGUUUUUCUGAUUAAACUGGCAGCAGCCAUUGGAUACACUGGCAAACCCCACCCAUAAUGAUCACAAACCCUUGCCCGUAUCUCAUACAGAAUGUGGUACAGUUCUGGUAAAACUGCCAUUAUACCAAAGCGAAGUGCGAGCUAGUCACCACAGAAGUGUUAGCCAUUGCAAACAGCUUUCAGUACAAUUAAUCCCUGCUAAUAGCUACCGCUUGUUCUCCCUCAACAAUGCUGAUUGGUCAGAACAGUGUUCGGUUUGGCCCAAACAUUGUGGAUUGGAGCUUUUCAAGAUGGAUUUGACUGAUGACAGAGAUGGAGUCUGGCAAAUCCAUCCAGCUUUGCAAGGAUACAACUUCUCAUCUUAUGCAAGGACUGACAUUAAGUGGCUCCACCAUUGUUACCCCUAGUCUAGGCACAUUUCUUCAUUUUAAUUUAAUCACAGUCAAGAAUUAAGAUUUAAAAUGAAGAAAUCUGGUGCAAAAGUAAUUCACCCACAAAGUUUGUGAUUCAGUGAGAUCAGUUAAGAACAUUUUUUAGCUGCAUUGUGGUCUGACCAGCAUGUCUUGAUCAGUCUGGCCAGUGUGGCUAGAACCUUCUCUUCCUAUGUUUUAAUACUCUCUGUAACUCUCCUUUGACUCUGCCACGGAUGUUUUUUCCUUUAAAUGCUGAUUUUACUUCUAGCCUGAAACAAGUGGUGUAAACGUUUUAAGCUUACUAAAGAAAACGUGGACCACAGCGUGCAUCUAAGUGUACAAGUCAAGUGUAAUGAGGCCUUGUGGGAGUGACAGCAGUGAAGUUGUCAGCCUUUUAGCUAUAAAAAACCUGCAAAGUAACUUAUGAUAUGUUGAUGCUCUUGUAGUAAUUAUUGAGAUCUUACAAAAAUCACAGAAAAAACAACAGUGUCACAGGAAAAGGGGUUGUGAAAUUAUAGAUUAUGAUUUACAUUUUUAAAAACUUUUAAAAAUUGUUUUAUUAUAAGGCAGUACUUACAUUUACCCAAGUGAGCCACUAAAAUAACCAUCAUGAGUAAGUGCCCACAGCACAAUUAUAUUGUCAAACCCUGUCAUAAGCUAAGCUUAUUCCAUUGUUGUUGUUUUUUCAUUAAAAGACAAACCAGGCCAGCUGUUUUAAAAUCCACGCAGGACAGGGUAAUCUAACAAGUUGCUUUCUGUAGUUGAACUUUCAGCAGAUCUCAGAAUGUUAUUCAUUUUCUCAUCUAAGUUGGACAAAGAAAAUUCAUUUAAGAGUGUUUCCUAAAUGUCAAACUAUUCCUUUAAAAGCAAAGCUUAAAUGCUAAAGUGACCAAGUAGGGUUAUUUUGGGACAAAGUGCCAGCCCAGUGACAUUUAAUGUAAGCUUUAUGGAGGAUUUUCUAAGUUUGUUAAGUUGAAUGUGUGAUUUUUUUAAUGUGUGUGAUAUUUAUUUGCAUUUUAUAACUGUGCACUGACUUUUCCUGAUAACAAUCAGAAAAACAGAAUAAAUAAAGAAGUUUACUUAAAGCUGGAAGGUUCUUCUGGUGGACCAGGAUAUUGUAAAGAGCAUUACGGCAGCUGCUGUAUGGACGGUUGUUGGAUUCGUUUCUUGUCAUUUUUGUAUUUAUUGUAUUUGUGAUUUUACCUAGAGGAACCAAGAAUGUAUCAGACAUGUACAACAUGCCAUGUAUCCCAUAUGUGAGAAAUAAUUUAAAGCAUUGUAAACAAACCCACUCAAACACAAUAUUGUCUUCAACAGCAACAAAACAGUUUUAUAAUACAUAACUUAAAAUACUGUUUUUAAUUCCAUGACAUGCCUCUUAUAAAUACAUCAAAAUUACUGAACUGUCUUGCACUUUAUUACUCUAAAGUUAUCAGCCAAUAAGGCCAUUAUUUUAAAAGAUUUACUUCUAACCUGUUGCCAUGAGGUGUGAUUGAGACUUUCUUUUUGUACCCAUGGCAGCAUUAAAGACUUGAUUGCUAUCUAAUUUUGCCAAAUGUCUAAAGAAAAUGGCCUAUACAGACGCCAUUACUGUGAUUACAGUGCCAUUAUCAGCUUUAAAAGCAGACAGGAAAUGUUUAGUGAAUAACUGAGUAUUUGAAUUAUAUCCAGUGGCCUUUACUGUACACAAUCCUUAAACAAGGACAGUUAACCCAUGUUUCAUUUGCUGUGUAGAAUUUAUUUACGAUUUUCAAUCUUGAUGACACAAACUUGUUUCCAUCUUCAGUAAAUAUGAAUCAAUGUGAAGCAAACCAGUUAAAAUGCAGCAGUCAUUCCAUAAAUAUUCCACUCUUUGCUUCUUUUGUUUGCUUUUGUAUAACCAUAAGCUGAAUACAUGUACAUAUUGUUUUAUACAAUGAUGUAUUGUUUUUGUAUUGAUGUAGAUACCUAUAUUCUCGUCUGAAUUCAAUGAAGACUAUUAUGAAAACGUGUGAAAUGUUGGAGAAAUAA